GACGGGCAGUCUGUUGACGGGCAGUCAGUAUCGAUUGAACAGUCGCGCGUAACACAUCGAAUAGAUGCGGAGAGCCCGGCUAGGCCCCCACACCCCCGUUUGUAAUAAAUAGCGUUGCACGAAGCGACCACGCUAGCAAACGCAAAGAAUACGCUCACAGCGACGGAGGCGACGGCGACGACGACGACGACAAACAGACAGCCAAUAGAAAACAACAACACAUUUAAGCAAGAACAGCUGGAAAAUAAGUCGAAAACAAAAACUAGACUACAACAAUCGCGCGCCCAACAGAAAAUAAAUAAUUCAUUUUAUUCCAUAACUUCACAACUUUUUUUUUUUGUUUUUGUUAAUAUCAAAUUCUCGCGAUAUAAUAUUCUCGCUAAUGCGCCAAAAAUGUGCCUUUUCAUUUCAUAGACGAUAAGAAUAGGAACAAAUAUCUACAACAAAGUUUACUGAGAAAUAAAAACAGCAAUUUGAUAAUACAACAAAGCGGGAAUGAAGAAAAACAAAAAAGCAAUAUAGAACAAAAAUAUUACAUGAACAAAAGUAAAACGAAGAAUACAAAAAUAAAAAAACAGAAACAACAAUAAUUAGCAUAACUAAACAACUAACUAAAUAAAUAUAAAUAAAUUAACAACUGCAAAAAAACAAUAGCAACAACAAAAACCUUGGCAGCAACUUAGAAAACCAAAACAACAACGCACUUUGACAAAAAAGAAAAAAAAUAUAUAUAUAAAAAAAAACAAACAGAAACAACAGACACAUUUUCAAAGCGUCGCAAUUUUUUGUUGUACUUUUCCUGUACGUUUUUUUUUUUUUUUGUAUUUUUUUGUGUGCGACACAAAAUUUUUUUACAAAAAUAUAAAGACAAAGUAUAAUCAAAAAUAAUACAUCCAACGCGCUCCAUAAAAAUCUCCAAAAUAUAUUCAACAUAAGAGAGUGAGAGCGAGAGAGGGAAAGAAACCGAGGAGAGGAAAAGAGAAAGAAGUGAAAAGAGAACAACGCAACGUUUGAAAAUCAAAACAAAACUCGAAAACACAAAAUAAGAAAAGGCGCACAAAAUCAAGACAAAGAAGAAGAAGCAGCAGCAGCAGCAACAGUGAUAAAUAUCCAUAAUACCAGCGACAGACGGAGACACACAUACCCAUAUGUUAUAUAUGCACUAUAUAGAAACAGCGCUAUAUAUGCACAUUUGACACCAAAGUAGCAGUAGCGUAAAGAACAACAACAGCAACAACGGCAACGGCAACAACAACAAAAUAAGGAAUCAGUCAACCAACUAAGUACAACAACAGAAAAGAAGAAGAAGCAGAAGCAGAGCAACAACAACUAAAAAAAAACAACAAUGACUACGAAACAACCAAGAAAAGUAGCACCCGAUGGCGGCUGGGGCUGGGUCGCCUGCUUUGGCGUCAGUCUGGUUAAUCUGGCAACGCGUUCGAUUGAACCAUCGUUUGGACUGCUCUUUGGCGACACGCUCAGGGAGCUCAAUGUGGGCACCACGGGAGCUGCGGUGAUUAUCAGCACAAUGGACGUGUGCAUGAACUUCUCGGGUCUGUUUGUUGGACCGCUGCUAAAGGAGUUCUCGUAUCGCAAAGUGGCAAUUGCGGGCUCGCUGCUCUGCGGUCUGGGCUUGGCGCUGACGUCGCCGGCAUCGACAAUGGCGCACAUACUGAGCACAUACAGUGUGAUCAAUGGCAUUGGCGUUGGACUCUCGACAUCGGCGGCCUUUGUGGCCCUCAAUCAUUACUUCAAGCACAAGCGUGGCCAGGCCGUGGGCCUCUCGAUGGCGGGCACAGCGAUGGGCAUGUUGAUAAUGCCGCAACUGGUGCGUGUCCUGCUCGAGGGUUACGGCUUUCGAGGAGCUGUCCUCUUGCUGGCUGGCGUUGCGUUGAAUGCGACGGUGGGCUCGGUGCUGUUGCAGCCGGUGAAGUGGCACAUGAAGGAGGAGUUCGAUGACGAGGAACUGAUGUGCAUCUCGGCACUGCCGACACCGCAGCCCCAAUUGACGGCGACGUCUGGUGGCGGCGGUGGCGGUGGCGGUGCUUCGGGUGCGCCGGAGUUCAAAGUGAUCAAGGAGGAUGGGAAUGAGGAGGAUGCACUGCCCGAACUGAAUACGCUGCUCUUUAACAAGCACAAUGCGCACAACCAUCAGCAUUCGAUGCGCAAGAACUACUCCGAAAUGGCCAUGAACACGAUGAAUGGCUCCCGACUCGGCCUGACCAAGCGUCCCACGUUUCCGCGCAUCAUGUCGCUGGCGGGCGUGCAGUCGGCGGAUGUGGGCAGCGGCAGUGGCGGUUAUCCAUCCCAGGCGGAGGUGAACACAACGCAGUUGCGUUGCCGCAAAGCAUCCGUCACAUCGAAUCUAUCCUACAUGGACUUUACCGGCUCCAUACUGCAAGUCCACCUCAACACCGGCGACGAUGAGUUCGAGCAAAACGAUCGCGAAUUGCGACGCGUCGGCACUGCCACCGGCAGCAUUCUGGGCGGCCAUCGCGAUAGUUUCAUCAAAAUGAAACCCACCGAGCUGGAGAAACAGCAAACCGAACUCGACGAUGCGGAAGCCAAGAAGAAUGCCAAGAAGCUGGGCUUCUGGCGUCGCUUUGCCGAUCUCCUCGAUAUUGCCAUGCUCAAGGACAAAAUGUUUCUCAAUCUGCUGUUUGGUCUGUCGAUUUUCUACGUUGCCGAAAUGAACUUCAAGAUGGUGACGCCGUUCUUCUUUGCCAAUCUGGGUUACUCAAAGGCCGAUGUCGCCUACUGUCUGUCGAUCACUGCUAUCACCGAUAUUGCAGCCCGUAUUGUGUUGCCACCGAUCUUUGAUCGCACCACGAUCAAAAAGCGCACCAUCUUUCUCGUCUCGAUCAUCUUUGUGGCCAUCACACGUUCCAUUAUGGCGGAGCAAAAGGAUUGGACACAACUGAUGCUCUGGCUGUCCAUUUGUGGCUUCUUCCGUGGCUCGGCGCUCAGCAAUUUUACGCUUACCGUCUCCGAGUAUUGUUCGCUAGAGAAGCUGCCCUCGGCCUUUGGCUGGCAUCUGGUUGGCAAGGCGCUGUUUGUCAUCUGCUUUGGGCCAUUGAUUGGUCUCAUUCGCGAUGUCACCGACAGCUAUCCGAUUUGCAUACACGCUCAGAGCGUUUGCAUCAUGAUUUGCGCUUUCGCCUGGGGCAUCGAGUAUCUGGUGGAAUACACUCAGUCGCGUCGUCGCACUGCGGAUGCGGCACAGCAGCCACCGACAACAGCGCAACAGGAUGCAGCACUUGCCACAACAGCAGCGGGAACGGGAAUGGGAACGGGACCGGGAACGACAACUGCCCAAGAUAUUAAACUGUAAUAUGGCCAAAGAUCAACAGAGACGAUGAUUGUCAGCAAAGAUGCAUACACACACACACACACAUACAUUACUAUAUCUACAUAUAUAUACAUAUAUCAAGAGCAUACAAAACUCAUUAACUACUUAAUACUUAAAUAGCUACUUGGCAACAUUGCGACUACGGAGAGUAUUCACUAUUGAUAUAAAGAGAAAGAAAAAGGAAAAGGAAAACUAUAAACGAAAAUCAAUGCAAAAUAAUUUAGCCACAAUUCGAAAAAUGGAGAAGUAUUCACUGUUCAAAUGUGUGCGAAAAUAAACUAAAUAAACUAACAACUGACUGCAUUAAUAAGAUUAACAAAUUUUGCUGUGAAUACACACAUAACUAAGCUAAUUCAAAUCUCUAAUUUAAUUGAAUUCUAAAGCGAACCAUUCAACUCCAUUUGACUAGAUUUUGCAUGUGAAUACUCCUCCAAAAUUGCUGUAGUGAACAACAACAACAAACAUCAUGUAAUUCCCCCAAUUUACGAUUAAACUGAGCUAGUUGCGUUUUUUUUUUUUUUACUACACGGAAAAUAAUGCCAGUUUUUUUUUAUAGCAAUCGAAGCAAAUAACAUGAAAGUGCGUUUAAUUCUAAACAUCAUUUAUAAUUAUUAGUUAAUCGUCUUUAUUAUUAUUAUUAUAUUAAUUCUUUUUGUUUUAAAUUUUCUCUCCAUUUUGUUUAUUGAAUGAACUUGUAUGUGAUAGUUCAAAGAUAGUUUAUAAGUUAGCAACUAGAACACAAUAAAAUCAAAAAUAAUACGAAAAAACAACAACAAGAAGAUAAUGGCAAGGAAACUGGCUUUAAAAUUGAUAACUGUACCUUUAAAACAACGACAUGAACCCAACAAAACAAAAACAAAAACUAUAUAAAAGAAACUACUUAAGGUAACGGAAAUGGGAAUUGAUAUAAAGAUACUCUAUCAAUAGACCGAUUUGAUAUGCCUAUUUACAUGUAUACAUAUAUACACACACGAUUAACUAAACUAAUCUAGACAUAUACUUUAUAUAGUUUAAAAGCCAAGUUAAGUGAACUGAAUAACUAAACAAAUAUUAGGACACAACGAGGAAGCGAUGAAAAGAUUAAAUGGAAAUGGAAAUGAAGAAGGAGAAGGAAGACAACGACGAUAUGUUAUAGAUAGUUUUAAACGAACCCACCAGCAAAAUAAUAAAAAACAAUAUCAACGAGUUCAGAUUCAGAGAAUUAACACGCCAAUAAAAUGCCAGAAAAAACAACAACAUAAUCGAGGAGUUCGUUAGUUCCUUGUGUCAACAGGUCGUAGUAUACGGAAUUUUGUAGCUCCCAAGAGAGCGAUUGGAAAUAUGCCUUAUUGUAAGAUAAAUGACAACAAAACGGAAAGCAAUAAAAAUGUUUGUUUUUUUGCUAAACACACACAUACACGAGAUGCCAUGACCAAAAAGAAAAAACUAAACUAACAAAUUAAA